AUAAAAUAAAAAAUAAAAAAUAAAAUUGAUUAAAAAGGCACAUCUGCAAAAUAUCUUCAUCACCAAUAACCUUUCCUUUUUUGUCAGGUAUGAAGAAUAUGUUCAACAAAAUUAUUGAUAGAACCACCUAAAACAUAUUAACAGUGCCAUUUUUCGGCUUCCCUAAUUAAUUGCCAAUAUCUUCUUGGUUCCAACUUUUUUCAUCGCAUAAAAUUGAAAGCUCUCGUCAAUGGGUAUGCCAUUAUUAGGAGCAAGUUGUAUACUACCAUAACUGGCUUCUUUCCUUCCUUGAUUUUCGCUGGAUUAUUGCCUUGACUGUUCAUUUUUUCGUGAAUGGCGAUCUGCUCACACCUCCCCGCCAUUCAGUCUUACCGCUUUUUGCCUCAUCCGAAACUUUAUAUAUACGUACAGUACUCGCAACCAGUUCAUCCAUCGCCGACCACUUGUCUCCUUCUCCCUAAUUUUAUAUUUCUUACACCGUUAUUUCCCUACUUCCAUGCCCGCCUGAGUAACCGUCCUCUCUCCCCUCUCCCACUCCUUUUCCAAUGGGUCUGUUUUGGGCUCUGGCCUUGAUUUCCGGUCUCUGUUUCUCCACUUCCGGCGUUCAUUCCUCCGCCGACGGAGUCAAGACCUUCAUCGUCCGAGUCCAAAACGACUUGAAGCCCAGCGCCUUUGCUAAUGUCGAGAACUGGUACGCCUCCACCCUGCGAAGCCUCACCCGCAACCCUCUAGGCUCCGAGGAGGAAGCCACUGCCUUCGGCGGUGACUUCGUCCACGUUUACAAAACAGUCUUCUACGGAUUCGCGGCGAGGCUGACCCCACAGCAGGUGGAUGAACUGACGGCGCGUUCGGAAGUCCUCGGUGUUUUCCCAGACGAGUUUCGGCAGUUACAAACAACACGUACGUCGGAGUUUCUUGGCCUGACAGUCGCCGGGAAACCCGCCAGACUUCUAGCCGAGUCCGAUGGCGGUUCCAACGUUAUCAUCGGAGUUUUGGACACCGGCAUUGGGCCCGAACGGCUCAGUUUUAAGGACGAAGGCUUGGGGCCCGUGCCUGCACGCUGGAAAGGGGAGUGCGUCGGAGGAGUCGACUUCACCACAGAGCUCUGCAACAAAAAGCUCAUCGGGGCGAGGUACUUCACCGCCGGGUUAGAUGCCGCCGGCCCCAAUGCCACGAAGGAUGUCAAGUCAGCGCGAGACACCGAGGGACACGGAACCCACACCGCGUCCACCGCCGCCGGGCGACAGGUGGUGAAUGCUUCCUUCCUCGGCUAUGCUCAGGGCGUCGCCUCGGGGGUUGCUCCGAAAGCGAGAAUUGCAGUUUACAAGGUGUGUUGGUCGAGAGGGUGCUUGAACUCCGACUUACUCGCUGCUUUCGAUAAAGCCGUCGAAGACGGCGUCGACGUUAUCUCUCUUUCAAUCGGCGGCGGCGCCAUGCCUUAUUCCACAGACCCAAUUGCUUUAGGUGCUUUCGGUGCCAUGGAAAAGGGCGUGUUCGUUUCCGCCUCCGCCGGCAACGAAGGUCCCACCCCGUCAAGUCUGAGCAACGCAGCCCCGUGGAUCACCACUGUCGGAGCGAGCACCAUUGAUCGGACAUUCCCGGCGGAUUUGAUAUUAGAGAACGGUGAAGUCCUCACCGGCGCUUCUCUCUACGUCGGGAAGCCACUGCCCUCAAAGACUUAUUUCCCCCUGGUCUACAUUGCUAAUGGUAAUUACGGGACAUCAACUUGCGCGCCCGGGUCGUUGGAUCCAGCGCAGGUACGUGGCAAGAUCGUGGUGUGCGACAGAGGUGGCGGCUCACGUGUCGGCAAGGGAAAGACCGUAAUGGAUGCCGGAGGGAUAGGAGUUGUGGUUGCCAACGUCGCGCCGCUCGGAGAAGGCAUCGUCGCCGACCCCCAUAUCCUCCCGGGUUUAGACAUUAGCGAGUCGGCCGCCGAUAAGCUCAAAACUUACAUCUCGGCUUUUAGAAACCCCAGGGCCACCAUUGUUUUCCGUGGGACCCAGGUCGGAGUUAAACCGGCACCUAUCGUUGCGUCCUUCUCGUCGAGAGGCCCGCCGGAGUCUCUAUUCGUCAUGAAACCCGAUUUGAUCGCGCCAGGUGUCAACAUCCUUGCGGCCUGGCCCGAGGGCGUGUCGCUGACGGAAGGUGUCCCCAACCAGAGGCGUUCCGACUUCAACAUUAUCUCCGGGACUUCCAUGUCGUGCCCGCACGUGUCCGGUUUGGCCGCGCUCCUUAAAGGGGCCCACCAGGACUGGUCGCCGGCAAUGAUUCGGUCGGCUUUAAUCACGACGGCCUAUACUCGUUCCAACGACCAGAAACCCGUGCUGGACGAGACGGCGUACACUCCGGCCACCGUGUGGGACAUGGGAGCCGGACACGUGGAUCCUGAGAAGGCAGUCGAUCCGGGGCUGGUCUACGAUAUCACAGUCGACGAUUACUUGAACUUCCUCUGCGCCUCCGGGUUAAGCGCGGAGAAAUUGAGAGCCAUCGCUCGGAGGUCGGUGAACUGCGUCCGCGCGUUUAGAAGUCCUUCGGAGCUGAACUACGCGACAAUCUCCGUCGUCUUCAACGUGUCGAGGAGGUCCAAAUUGGAACAAGUGGUUACGAGGACAGCGACGUACGUCAGCGACGGCCCUUCGACGUACAGAGUGGCAUUCUCCAAUACGAAGAAUGCAAUCGUGACCGUCCGUCCGAAGACGUUGGUUUUCAAGACGAAGGGUGAGAAACUGACAUACGAGGUUCGGGUUUUGGCUAAGAACGUGGACGUUCCAACUGGCAAUGCAUAUACCGAGUCAACCUCGCUGACGUGGACGGAUGGGAAGCACCGGGUCACUUCGCCCGUUGUGGUGGCGUGGAAGGCAAAUGACUUUUUCUAAAUUUGCAUGAAAUUAACGUAUAAGUAAUAAUAUAUAUUUAUUAUUAUUAUUAUUAUUAUUAUUAUCAAUUAUAAAUAGGCACAUAAUUAAUCAGUCUCGCUGCUAAUAUUAUAAUUAUAAUAAUAAUACCUAUAGCAAUGAUUUUUCAAUUAAUUUAUUUCACAUUUUGUUUCAUAAAAGUCAAAGAUGAUAGCGUAAGCAAAAAAAAAUUAUUUUAUUUUUUUUAUAAAAUGUAAGAAUUACUAUCUUCGCGAUAGUGUUGUGUGGAUGUAUUAAUUUGAUCAUGGUAUUGAGUUGAUGACCAUCUUAUUUUCUGCUCUA